AUGUCGGCGACUCUCGAACCGAAAUUGCUGCUUCAAGCCGUUUUUCACCAUGUAGUUCUUCCGUCCAAACUACCUAGCAGAAACGACGCAGAUAAUUCUGGGCUGGCGUAUGAUCUUGGAAGUCGGCUUCAGCGCGCUCUGGCCAUGUUCAGUAAUGAUCAUGACCAGGAGGCUUGGAACGUCCUAGUCAGCUCUAUGAAAGCUACAGCAUUUCUAAACCAAGGCCAAUUGAUCAGCCACGAACUUCUGGAGCGGUUUCAAGGCAUCGCUACUGGCGAGAAAAACAUAUGGCUCGCUCUGUUCGUCACUCAACAGAAUUCUGCUUUGCUGGUCCAUCGCAAUGACAUUGAAGAAACGGUCAUUUUCGAAGCAUUCCAGACGGAAGCGCCGGUUAAAGAUGUUCUCGCAGCAAAGCAUUGCCUCACGUGGGAAUUUCCCCAUCGCUCAGUCCAACUUCCAUUCAACGUUUUCAAUGACAUGUCAUUUUUGAGAAAUCUGUCUCAGUUUUUGGGACAGGCAAGCCAUGAAUCCUUUGAUCAGUUCGCGGCAAAAGCUGCCAAGGGCGGGAAAUCAAUUGCCGAGACCCGCAACUCCACUGAUCCUGCCCUGGUAGUUGACAUGCUCAUGUCACUUUUGGAGGGGCUUGGAAGUGGCGCUCAAAUACAGUCGGUCCGCAAGAAAGUUCGGGAUGACGUUGUAUUGGGCUCAUCCGAGGUUCCCUGGAGGCGCUCACCGUACUGGCUCGUUCUCCGCAUAGCAUUGAGACGCAUGUUACGUGAGUUGCUAGACCACAAAUGCGUCGGCAUGGGACGAGUCUAUUACAAGUUCGUUAUCUGUGCCAUGUUGGCCGAGCUUCUCAAGGACUCUGUUGACAAUCUUCACCCCGAGAUGUCGUUGCAGCUUCGAGCAAAGCUUUGCCGCCGCAUGGCAAAACUCAAAACGGAUAGCAAAGCGUGUUCACCCUCUUUGCGCCCGUUGUAUGACCAGCUUUUUGCAUCAACUUCGGGAGACUUUGAAGAUAUCGUGAAGCAUGCAACGGAAAAGCUUUCAUUAAAAUGGGACGACUUCAAGGCCAGAGCGACUCGCCGGAUUCCAACUCUUCCGUCCCGUGUUCCAGAAGCUGAUCUGUAUAUCAGACUGGAUAAUAGUGGGGCCUUUCUGAGAUCUCAGCUGUCACAAAGGCUCAGUCCUACGUCCCGUGUUAUCUUUCAAGAUUUGCCUAAGCUACAAGAAGGAACAAUUCUCGAGGUUGGCCGCCUGGCUGACCGCUAUAUUUCCCUCCAGGACCGUGAUAAUGCGGCAGCUAGGAGAAUCGCUGCCACCUCAGAUAACCCUCAAGAACUGUGUAAAUCACUAUCUACAAGUAUCAUGGACCUACUUACCAACGUGGGAGACAGCUUCAACAACGAUUCGACUUUGAUGAGUCGCCACCUUCUGAGACUUUUCGAGCUUUGGGUAAAGAUGGAUGAAGAAGCAACCUCUACGUGUCCAUUACUCAAAGAAUAUCAUCCUCUGUUUAUUCCUGAUGCAUUGGAUGUGCUUUGCCUCAUGACGAGGGGCGAGAUGGAACGCCUAUUACGAGUGCAGCAAUACAUUCGCAAUCGUGUUGCUUCGCACAAGAAAGGCCUCGGUACAAUCUUCGAUAACCCCAGACAAGGGUCAACGUUUCCUGCCAGAUACGUCUCUUCCACUGCGGCUGGUGGCCAGAUGCUGAUGACCGCUACACUGAUUGAUGAUGCUUCACUGAGGGCUCGACAAUCAACCCUGUCUGAGCUAGAACGGCUAACACAAAGUUAUGACAGCUUGACACAGUCGCUGAACGACCUUACCUGCACAUGCACCGUUUCUCCUACUGGCAAAAAGAUUACGCAUGCUUGUCGAAGAUGUCCGAAGUUGUGGAAACGGAAGAAGCUUAAGAUCAGUGUCCAUGAAGACUUUCUCCCAGCAACAGACUCUGAUCAGCGCAAUGCCCAAAGGUCAGCUAUCCUUCUUGAGCUGCUUAUUCCUCAGUACUUGUAUGCCUAUCGUACAGCAACUUGGCAGCUGUACCUUCUUGGUACCACCGUGUACUCAAGAACCAAAGGUGUCCCCAAACUGCUUCUUGAAGAUAUCGCUGAUAUCAAGAAGUACUCUCUGAAGGUGAACACAACCUUCACGCUUGCUUCGCGUAAAAAGUCAUUCCGGCAAACUCACUAUAGCAAGUUGAAAUUACCAAAAACGCCCGCCCAGGUCACCUUUCCCUUUGGAGCCGAAAUGUCAUACUACGAUACUGUAUCGGGGCUCUGGGCGGACGAACUCCCCAAAAUCCCAUGGUAUCAGCACCUUUUAGGUCCCUGGCUUCCACAAGGCAUUCCUGAUCCAUACGAAUCGCCAAGAGGUGUUCUAGGCAUGCGUGUACAUCAUCCCUCUUCUUACGAGAUCGUAGCAAGCGGAUCAAUGUGUCCUCUUACCAUUUCUGGUAAUGAGCUCAGUGCUUUCCAGCGAGCGACUUCUGCACGAGGUCGACGCUGGCUCGAGAUUCUGAAGGAAUUGGCGGCUUCCAAUUUCGACUUUAGUAGUCGAGCUACAAAUACCUUCUUCCAUCGCCUUGCUAUGCAGGCCGGCCCAGCUGCAUUGGAAAAAGGAAUGCUGCGUGAAGUUCACUGCGUGUUCAGCAGUGAAAGUUUCUGUUAUAGACUGAAAGAGCGGCUCGAGGCUUGGAUGGACACGAUGGAACAGAAUUGGAGACAGGUCGAUCGGAUGAGUACCGUUUUGAUAUUGGGUCUUCGGCUAUAUCACCUCGGCCCGCCGUCAUUUAAAAUGCAGGCUCAUCAAUUGCUGUUAAGAGUCCGCUCCAUCACCUCAAACUGGAUCCUUCGAUUACAGCAUGAGGUCAGAUCAACGCUUGACGGUGACAUGGCCGCCAAGGCCGCCACUUUUGCAUUCUGGUCCGCGUUACUUUGCCGUCAAACAUUCUGGGGGUGUUUAGGUCAUGAUGACUUUGAAGCAAGCCUGCUCAAAGAUGAUCCGUUACCUUUCUUCCGAUCGUCAAUCGCGCUUCAGGAGAACCUGCUUGACAGCUCGGAUAAACUGCCCACACACUUGCGUAGUCUUCUUACCCAAGACAUGUCUGCUUCUUAUCAGAUGAGGGAUAUUGUUGAGAAGUGGGUGGAUAGCGACAUUGGUCUAGUGGAGAAGGCAAUAAACGAGACAUGGGCCAAUGCUAGCCUUCUCGCCCAGAGGUCUUACUACCCGUGGAAGAAGCUCCCAGGCAAACACUCGUGGUGGAUCUCGUCUCAAACCGCCCCUAGUGACUCAGUAGCUUCACAGAGAGUACAUUAUCAUAUCCUUCAAGGUCACUUGCUAGUGGAUCAAAAGCCCCUUGGGAGGCUUCCUCUUGAAAUCAGAGAUGAUGAGUCCGUGAGGGAGCUUUUCGAGGAGCGACACUUGCUAACACGGCCAUCCGGACUCUUGGACUAUCAAAUUCUUACUGAAAUGGAAGAACACCAAAUCCAUGUUGGCAUAAGGGAUGGCGAAAUAACCAUCAAAGCUCUAUUCAGAGGCUCCAUUCUUCAAUUCGUUCCCCGUUCCAUGUUGAAAGGUCCCAUGGGCUGGGACUUACCGGCAGACCUAGUUGACGACUGCGUGCACUGGCUGGACUUGACUACUGGGGAUCUUGAGAUGCGUCGAAAACCACGGAUCUGGAGACGCAAGAAAUCGAAUUGGGUACUCGACAUCCGAAAACGAAGAGCCACCAGAAACACGGGAGCCAGUCUUGUUGAGCCAAACUCGGAAAUUGGGAGGAAAGUCGGUAGUAUUUUUCAAGAUUUCGAAGACUCCAAGAGGUUGACAAUUUACCAGCCGGUGAAUGGAGAUCUGUCCGUGGAGCUGAAACGUUUGGAGCUCCGCUUCCAUGUCAACCAGAGAGGUUUGCUCUACUGCCCUCAACUCAAGGCUGAAGUAGACCCUCAGCAAGACAUUGGAACACUACACGGACUACGAAGUGGAGUCACUCUACGGAAUACCUCAAACUUUGAAAGAAAGAGUGUUAUUAUGCCGAUCGGGGGUUUCCAAUGGCAGAGGGAGGGAAUUCAUGUCGCUGUUAGGAUUUCCAACGAAGGAGUGUACGCUAAAUAUACACUCAACUCUGUCCUAGGCCGACUGGACUGUCCCCCCGAACCACUUCUUCUUUAUCUCAAGGCGGCAAUACAUGCACUGACAUCUUUUCCACUACCGGAUGACUUUACCGGUAAGACAGGAACAGAGGAAGCUCGUCAUUGUUUGCUCUCGCCUAGCAGUCAGCCAUGGACUCCUUUGGCGGGCUUUCCACAGAGAAUACUGUCUGUCAUCAAGUCUCUAUCACCGGAAAGAACUCUUUAUCCCCCAGGCAUCAACUUGUAUCAAAAGGUCCGUUGGGAUGAGCAUUUAACUUCCACAAUUCAACAUGAAGACUUGGCUCCUUUAGUCACUCUGAUUGAAAAUCGGUCACGGGAGCUAGAGACUUUCAGUAACACAGAAACUAUGACAAAAGGUCAGCACGAAAGUGUGUCAUAUAACGCGUCUGUGGCUCGUUUGCGAAUCAGAGGUCGUAUUCGAAGACAGCUCUAUGAGCGUGUCUGCUUUGAUUCUGAUUCGACGGUUCUUUCUCAGGCGGCACAAACAGAUGGUUUCGUACCUCUUCGAGACCAGAAGUCAUCUCUAAAGAGCUGCCGAGUAUAUCAGACCAUCCGUGCGAUGAUGGAAUCCGAUGCUAGUGCAUUUCACCUUCCCAAGCUUGCUCCAAUUUUGGAGAAAUGGAACACAUUCCGAGGUAUUAAAGAGUCCUUAUCAGAUAUGGAUUUAGCGGCGAGUCUAGAGGUUGAAGCGCCACAACUUUGGGGGGAGCUUGUUCGGAAGCUCCAUGAAAAAGACCCCACGAGAACUUACAACAACCAUUUUUCCCUGGCUUUGUUAGCAUUCAACGAUAAUGUUGACAUGGUCGUCAUAAAGUGGCUCGUGGCACUUUUUCAAAGUAGUAGACUGAGUCGCAUCCAACCGCCCAGCCAUACCCUGUUCACAAACUUCCGCCAUUUUGAAGAACCGUCCAAAGACUUAUUUUUGUCGCUAGUGCUACCAGAACCAUUCAUUGAUGGUACUAGCGGACUGGUGCUCAGAAAUGAUCGUAAGAAAGACACGGUGUUACGAAUAAUCUCUCACAUUCUCAACAUGUGGCCAAAUCCACCUCUUUCAAGACACGAGUUCGAAUCAUCAGUCAAAAACCUAACCUCGAACAUCAGGGACUUUAGCCUGAAGAAGACAUGGCAGAAGCUCUACCCCGAGCUUCGAAGACUCAAGUCUAAUUGGGAGCUGUCUGUAUACCUCCUUGACCUGGAGAACGCAGCAGAUCUGUUGCUAGACGAUCAAUCGAAGAUGGAGCCAAAGGCAUAUCAAGACGUCUGGACUUCAAAACCAACACCUCUGGAAGGCAGAAACCCAGAGGGACCCAGGGAAUACUUGAUGGCUCAGUAUUCCAUGUCCGACUUGCUAUCGAGGCUCAAAAUCCAUGAGAGGCCGAAUGAGGACUCUCAAUCCUGGUUAGAAGUACGAGAUCAGUCUUCAGUGGGAAGCAACAGUUCCCAUCCUCAGGGCCAGGCUUCGGAUUUACCUGUAGGUCAAAGGCCUGAGUUCAAUAUCCUCAAAGGGAUUAUACAGAGACUCGUCACUUCACCUCUUACUUCACAACGGGCUUAUGGGGAGGACCUUUCAGUGUCGCUCAACGCUUUAACUCUAGCCCAACAAAGUCGAAAAUUACUUCAUGGCAUACCACGCAUGGAUUCAGUCAAGGGAGAAAUCGAUCGAUGCCGUCAACGACUACGAGAACAACAAUAUAAAAUAGAACACUCGGCUUCACAAGGUGAUGAGGGCUUCGCGUGGCUUUCAAAAGGUCAACUUUGGCCUUGUUUCUCACCAGUAGCAAUUCUUGAACAGCUAAGAAAUGGCAAUAGAUUGCUAGUACCUCAUGCAUUGGUCAACACGAUAGUAGAAUAUGGGGUGCUCACUACGCGCCUCCAGCGUUACUUGCGAAUAGAAGAUGCAAUUCUUCGCAGAGAUCAUGUCUGGUUGGAGGAGAAUUCUGAGACUGAGGGUCACUCCAACUGGAAUCCGCUCAAGUACCCAGAAUGGCUUCUCCUAGAGAUCGACAGCAACAUGUUGAUUCGGCCUAUCCAAUUCGAAGUAGCCAAUGCUAUCAUUUCACCAUCAUCGACGUCGAAUUCUGUUUUACAGAUGAACAUGGGUCAAGGCAAAACUUCUUGCAUCAUGCCUAUGGCUUCAAUAAUGUUGGCAGACACGAAGAACUUAUGCCGACUGGUUGUGCCUCGAGCCCUUCUCCUUCAGACAGCGCAAGUGAUGCAGAGCCGACUUGGUGGGUUGGUUGGUCGAGAAGUUUGCCACCUACCCUUUGCUCGACGAUCACCUACCGACGACCAAGCUCUAGACCUUUAUCACAGUCUUCACAAGAGAACUCUCGCAUCAGGAGGAGUCAUGCUGUGCUUGCCAGAACACCUACUUUCCUUCAAGCUGAGUGGGCUCCAGAAGCUGGCUGACAAGGAAACAAAGAGAGCGCAGAGAAUGAUGAACAUCCAAGCAUGGUUGGAGUCAUCGAGUAGAGAUGUUCUUGACGAGUCUGAUCUCACUCUCUCGCCAAAGACACAGCUGAUAUAUCCGAGUGGUAUACCCACCAUGAUUGAUGGUCAUCCUCAGCGGUGGCGACUUAUCGAAGAUAUGCUAUCUUUGGUUGAAUCUCAUGUACCCCAACUUCAGGCCAAGUUUAAAGAUGGGAUACAGGUAUGGCGACGACACCGGGGCUUUCCUGUCAUUCACCUCCUACGUCCAGAGGUUGAAGAUCUUCUUAACACUCUUCUAGUGGAUGAUGUCUGUCAUGGUCGGCUCUCAUAUGUUCAAUUCAAGGCUGACAACAGUCUGACUGCCACAAAGCCCGUCAAACUGCUGCUCUCAACUACUCAACCUCCCGCAUCCAUUUGGGAAGAUGCAAUUGCGUCGUUGAGUAAUGAAGCCUCUGUUAGAAAGACUCUCUAUCUUCUUCACGGGCUCAUUCCCCAACGGUUGUUGAUUCUCUGUCUGAAGAAGUCGUGGAAUGUUCAGUACGGUCUUCAUCCGGACAGAGCUCCCAUUGCAGUGCCAUUCGAAGCUAAAGGAAUACCUUCGCAAACUGCCGAGUACGGUCACCCGGAUACGGCGCUUGUUCUCACAUGUUUGAGCUUUUACCACGCUGGUUUGAGCAAGUCACGAUUUCUCCAGAGUCUCCAAUUAAUCAGCAACUCUGAAGAUCCCUCCUCGCACUAUCAACGCUUUGUAUUCUCAAGACAUCUUCCUGAAAACCUUGAACAUUGGCAUCAGCUGGAGAUUGAAGACGAGGCCCAAGUCACUCUUCUCUGGGAAUAUGUAAGGUUCGAGAAACAUGUCGUCAAUCAUUUCUUGAACAACUUUGCGUUUCCGCAACAUGCCAAGCAGUUUGGGGUAAAGUUCCAAGCUUCAGCUUGGGACAUCCCCUUGCUCCCCGAGGGUAUGAAACGGCAAGGUAUGACAACAGGAUUCAGUGGGACCAAUGACAACAAAAAUAUACUGCCACGUACGAUUCGUCAAGAUGAUCUGCCCAAUCUCAUACAAACCAACGCUGAAGUUCUGGUACAUCUGCUGGAACCACGCAACCAAAAAUGCUUCCAAGCUGUUGACCGACACGGACGGCAUCUCAAUGAGAUCGGGAUACUAGAACUACUCCGAAACAACGGGAUCAGGAUCCUGAUAGACUCGGGUGCCCAGAUUCUUGAGAUGGAGAACCACCAGCUGGCUGCGGCCUGGCUUGACGUCUAUACCGAAGCCCAAGGCGCAGUGUAUUUCGAUAAAAACGGCCGAAUCAUGGUACGAGCUCGUUUUCAAAAGUCUCCUGUGCCGCUUCUGGCUAGUUCCUUUGCAGACACUCUCGAAAAAUGCGUAGUCUAUAUCGAUGAGGCGCAUACACGCGGGACCGACUUGAAACUUCCCAUGUACGCCCAAGGAGCUGUAACAUUGGGCAUCAGUUCGACCAAAGACCAGAUAACGCAAGCUGCAAUGAGACUGAGGCAACUCGCGACAACGCAAUCAAUCGCAUUUGUUGCCCCUCCAGAGGUGUACACAAGUGUUUUGUCACUUCGAUCCGCCCACAGUCCCAGGGUUGCAUCGUCGCAACCAUUGAAGUCUACCGACAUUGUCCACUGGCUUCUAGAGCAAAGUUGUCAGGCCAGCGACAAUAUGAUGUCCUUGCACAUUGCCCAAGGGUUCGACUUUUGCAGACGUACAAAUGCUCUAAUGGAGUUCAGAAAAUCCUCGCAAAACAAAAAGAAGAGAGACAAGCUCCUGCAAGAGACUCAACAGCCCGAGGGACAGACAUUGGAACAGCUCUACGGGCCAAAGGAGAAAACAUCAUCAACCGGCUUGAGAGUCAUCGAUUCUACACAUUUACAACGUUUUAUGAAAGAACUACAUGGACUGGAGGCCGAUCUGGUCAAACACCAAAGGCGAGCGUGCUCCUCGGCUUUUGAUGAGGUGGAGCAGGAAAGAGAAGUCGAAUUUGAGGUCCACCAGCUUCGCGAGAAGCAAAACCCUACACAUCUUACAGCAUUUACGUUCCCGGGCCUCGAUAAGGCCCUAGUUAAGUUUUGUGAUGAGACUGAAGUAAAGCUGGCUAGUCUUCAUUUUAUCUCAGUCCUUGACUUGAUUGGCGAUACCUAUAUCGGACUCAAGUAUGGUGUCAGGGGAUCUUCCUCGAACCUGUUUGUCUCGAAGGAGUUCUCAAGAACAGUUCAAACCCAGAAGGCUGAGGUUUCUCGUCGCCUUAUGCGACCAGUCGAAUGGGUACUCUGGAGACCUGACAUCCAAACAGCCUUAGUCGUUAUUCCUGAGGAAGCUGAGCUCCUUCUUCCAAUACUCCGAAGGAUACGAACCCCCACGACUUAUCUUCUUACGUACACAUCCCCAUUUACAAGAUCUCUUUUGGAGGUCGGUACCCUUGCCUACUAUCCUGUACCGACUCCAAAGAAGGAACUUGUGAUCCCUUCUUGGCUGAGCAUUGAGAUCGGCAUCAUGGCUGGUAGAUUGUAUCUCUCUUACGAUCAGUAUACGCAGUUACGCAACUGUCUCAUGGUUGACGAAAGGGCAGAACCUUCGGUGAAUAUGGACGAUGCUCAUCGUAGCAGGAAACACAUCCUUCCCAAUUUCGGAAUUCUUAGUCCUCAGUCGCUCUCAAGGUUUCUAAACGAGUGGAUUUCAUAUCGGUCCCAGUCAUCUGACAUUACGCACACCCCUAUGGGGUAUCUAAUUGGGAAUCGAGAUCUUUCCGACAAUCACCCAUUCUUUACUUCUCAACUCAAAUCGAGGGCCAUAGAAACCAGAUCAGUAGCUCAUCAUGGAGCGCUAAGAGAGAAUGCAGAAGGCCAAAGCAGCGAUGAUGAAAGCGAAUAG